AAAAGGCAGGAUAUCACAUUUAGUGGCAGAAACUAAACCACGGGAACGACAAAAAGGUGAAAAAGCAGAGCAGAAGACAUGACAAUGAAGAACUCAAAACAAGACACUUAAAUAGACUGAGGGUGAGUAAUUAAGUGAAGAAAGCCAUGGAUUUUCAACCUGACUGAGAAAAUUACCGGACAUGACAAAAACGUCACAAAAACCCAAUCACAGAAUCCUCACAGUGCCCCUCCCAAAAGGGCAAAUCCCAGAUUCCCAAAUGAGUGGAGGGGACUAAACAAAAAAAAGUCUGACACUAAGGUAACAAAUGUAAACAAUUUUAUAUUUUUACACAUUAAAGUUGUUAUCUGGCAAGUUUUUGGUGGUAUUUGGUUUUAGGACAAAUAAUACACUUGAGAGAAUAACAAACGAAGAAUAGCCAGUAUUGGUAAUUGAUAUUGAGUAUUUUAUUUAAAAAGUAAUGCUAUCGAAACUUAAAAGUGUCUGCUUGAAUCCCUCAUAUUAUUUACAUUUUUACAUGUUUUUUUUUUCUUUUCUUCUUUUUUUCGUUUUUACAUGUUUCAAAUACAAAAACAAAAUCCCGGGGAAAGGAUUCGUCGCUCAUUGGGCAAAAGUGGAAAUGACGUAAGAGCAACGUCAUCACGUUCCUCCGUCCUCUUCCUUCACUUCCUGCAGCAGUGUUGACAUACCGCUGCAUUUCGUUAAUAAACAUGGCGACCGCUGCAGCCGCUGGAGAGGAUUUGAAAAAAGAGCUCACUUGUCCUAUUUGUCUGGAAAUCUUUAAGGAUCCCGUAAUUUUGAAAUGCGGACAUAAUUUCUGCAGAUUUUGCAUCUGUUUGCACUGGGACGAAAAUGGCGGAGAUUACGGCUAUCAGUGUCCUGAAUGCCGCACGGUCUUCAACAAGAGAACCUUUACUAAAAACUACCUGGUGCAAAACUUGGUGGCCAAGCUGGACGAUUUGGAAUGCCUGGGGUCUAGCCCCAACCCGUCUAAGCCUGUUAAAGCUGACGGAAGGUGCGGACAGCACGGCGAAGAGCUGAAACUCUAUUGCCAAACUGAUAAGAGACCCAUCUGUGUAGUCUGCAGGGAAUCCAGAGCACACAGACAUCAUAAGGUAGCACCAGUGCCAGAAGUUAUGAACGACAUGAAGAUGGAGUUAAAACUGAGGCUGAUGGAGUUCACCUGGCAGAAGACUCAAUGCAUUAAAGUCAAAACCACAGACGAACGGACCAAGAAUGACGUACGGAUGAAAAAGCAGAGGCUCAAGGAGAAGAUCGAGGCCGACGUUGGUGCGUUAGUCCAGUUCCUACUAGAUGAAAGAGACUCCCUCCUCGAGAGUUUAGAUGCCGAGGAAGUGGCUGCUGUAGCUGUAAUCGACGAGAACCUAAGGUUUGCCGAGGAGGAGGCGGCGGCCGCGGACAAGGCCAUAGCGGACAUCCACAGCCACAUCAGCGGCAACACGAGCUUUGAGAGCCUGGCUGAGAUAUUCAAUGAGUUGGUCCAUUACAAGACGUACAUAGACCUGGAGCCAGUUAUGUGUCCAACUGAGUUCACAGACUUCUCAGGCCCCUUCCAGCUCAUCAUGUGGAAGAAAAUGAUGCAUGUGCUGCACACCAUGCCUCAGAACCUCACCUUGGACCCCGACACCGCCCACCCCAACCUGCUCAUCUCAGACUUUGACACCAAAGUGGAGGAGGACCGCAUCCGAAGCCAAGAACCGGACCUCCCGGGCCGCUUCACUCGCUUCUGCGGCGUCCUCGCCACGGCCCAGUACGCCAGCGGCCAGCACUACUGGGAGGUGGACGUGAGGGACAAAGGCGUGUGGUACCUGGGGGUCACCACCGAGUGCAGCAACCGAAAGGGCUUCGUCUGCCUCACUCCCUCCGCGGGCUACUGGAGCCUGUGUUUGCAGGAUCGGCUGUACGCCAACGGCGAGGACGGGCGCAUCCCGGUCGCCGACUACUGGAACUCCCCUCGCGUUGGCGUGUACCUAGAUUACGACAACGGCCGUCUCAGCUUCUACGACGCCGUGACGAUGAAGAGACUCUACAUGUUUGACACCUGCUUCGAUGAGCCCGUCUACCCUUUCUUCAGCCCGGGAAAGAACGAUCCCGGGAGCAGACUCCAGAUUUGCCACUAUUACUGAGCGACGUUGCCAUGUGUGGUUUAAACAGAAGAAUCAGCCUUUAUUUCUGGUCAGUCUCCUCAAACGGUUGGGGGAUUUUUCACUCACAGAUGUGGCGCCUUGUUUGUUUUUUUUGGGGGUCCUUUGAUUUGAAGAAUUAUUCAGCGCACGGAUGACGUAUCGCCCUGCAGGAUCAUCUGCUUCAUCUGAACUGCGACACACACUGUAGGUUUCUAACCCGAAUUACUGUGGCAGGGGGAUUUGAGACUCUCAGCAACAAUAGUUUAUAUUUAUUAAGAAACACAUAAACCAUACAGCAUCAACUACUUAAGUCAAAAUGGUUUUUUUAUGUUUGUCAAGUGGUUUUAGGACUUAAUAGUCCGAGUUUUAUCACAAGCAACAAAAAAAGUGAUGUUUUUUGGGGAAUAAAAACGUCAGUUGAAACGUUGCUGUCUAAAAACGUUCAGAUUUUUCGACGUUUGUCACAUUUUGCUUGUUUUUGUGAUGCACAAAACUCGUGUCCACAUUUGUUGUGAAUAUAUUUUCCUUUUGGAAAGGGAGAGAGGCAGAAAGUUGACACGCUCUCACACCUAAAAGUCUUCAUUUGUUACUUUCAAAACAUUCCAGGCACUGUAAAUAUUCACGCCAUGAAUUUGAUGAUGAAAGAAAACAAGUUUAGAGUGAGUGUGUGUACUACUCUGCUUUUGUUUAUGAUUUUGUUUUUAUUAAUAAAAACGGUUUAGUUGAAUUGUAGGUUUAUAAAUUUUAGUUAAAUAGUCUUAACGUGUUUCUCUUCUGAGCUUAAAGAUUUUAUUGAAGUUUGCUCUCGGAAAUCGAAUGUUUGCUUAAAGCAGGAGCUUGCUUUUGUUUUUUACGUUCUGUAAAAGGCUGUUACUCUUUUUCUUUUUUUUUUCUCAAUCGGAUCAUUUUUUUCUGUAUCCUGUUCUCUUCAUUCUAAUUAAAAGUGGAGAAAAAAUG